UGUCCAGGCGGGACCGGAAGUGCCUGGCAGGAGGAAGCUGGGUUGCCCUGGUAGCGGAGGAGUCUGGCCCUGAGGAGCCCCCCUCCCCUCCCUUCCCUGCCGCGCCCCAGAGACUCGGCGGGGCCAAGCUCGUCCUCGCGCUUCCGGGUUCCAGCCCCUCCCCCCGCGGGGUCCCCUCGCUGCUCCCGAGCCCUGCGGGGCCCCGCCCUGGACCUGGCUCCGGCCAUGACCGACAUGUACGACCAGGCGCUGCUGGGCAUCCUGCAGCACGUGGGCAACGUCCAGGAGUUCCUCGGCGUCCUCUUCGGCUUCCUGUACCGCAAGACGGAUUUCUACCGCCUGCUGCUGCGGCCGGAAGACCGGCUGGGCUUCCCGCCCGGGGUGGCGCAGAGCAUCGCCCUCAAGGCAUUCAAGAGCUUUGAACACUUGGCCCGUCAGGAUGAUGAGAAGAGGCAGCGGGAGCUUGUGGAGAAGAUGAGGAAAAGGGAGGAGGAAGCAGCAGCAGAGAGGACAAAAGUGCCUGCUGUAGCUCAGGAAGUUGAGAUCCACUCGGCAUCAGAGCUAGUCCCUGGCUCAGACGAUGGUGCUGCCGCCAGGCCUCAUGAGCCCACUGCAGCAGAGGAGACAGCUGAAGCGGCAGAGAGCUCUGCGGCCGCAGAGCCACCAGGAGCAGCUGCCCCAGUGGAGUCCCAGCCAUCAGCAUUGCCCAAGGCAGACAUAUCUCCUGUGACGUCAGGGACGCCACAUAACUUCUGUUCUUUGUCACCAUCUGUAAACCAGGGAUCAUGGAGUUGCCCCACAAGUUGGCCAUGGGAGUUUCUGCUGCAAACACGAGUGGGGAAGGCACUGGUGCUGGAGCCAAUGAGUCCACCUGGGCCGUUAAUAAGCAGCAAACUGGCAAGGAAGCAGGAGCAGUUCCAGACCAACCCUGACAGUUACAAUGGAGCUGUGCGAGAGAACUACUCCUGGUCCCAAGACUACAGCGACCUGGAGAUUAAAGUGCCGGUGCCCAAGCACAUCGUGAAAGGCAGGCAGGUUUCAGUGGAUCUCAGCAGCAGCUCGAUUCGCGUGGCCGUGCUGGAGGGGAGCAGCCAGCAUGUCCUCGUGGAAGGGAGACUCACCCACAAGAUCAACACGGAGAGUUCCCUAUGGAGUCUGGAACCAGGGAAAUGCAUCUUGAUCAGUCUGAACAAGGUGGGGGAGUACUGGUGGAGCGCCAUCCUGGAGGGGGAGGAGCCGAUCGACGUCGAUAAGAUCAACAAGGAGCGUUCCAUGGCCACAGUGGAUGAAGAGGAGCACGCCGUGCUGGACAGGCUGAACUUCGACUACCACCAGAAACUGCAGGGCAAGCCCCAGAGCCAUGAGCUGAAGGUGCACGAGAUGCUGAAGAAGGGCUGGGACGUGGAAGGCUCCCCGUUCCGGGGCCAGAAGUUCGACCCCACCAUGUUCAACAUCUCCCCUGGAGCCGUGCAGUUUUGACGACACUCAGCGAGGAAGGGAAAAUCACAUCCAUGCAUGGGAUCGGAGGCCAAGGCUAGCGCCACUGUGUGUAACCAGCUAGCACGGGGGCAAAGCCUGGGCUUCCCCCUCUACCUGCUCCCAUGAGUGACAUCCAGCCACCCCUUUAUCCCGGUGCUGCCACCGGGGGCUGUUUGCAAACAGCCAGCUGCCAACCAGCUUGGGCAGGGUGUGGUUUGGUGGGGAGGGGGGAAUGCCAUCUGGGCGCGUUUGAGAUGCAUGUGGGGCAGGCCUAGCAAAUGCAGAACUACGUCCUCUGUCACCACGGCAACCAGCGGCUGAGGUAGCAUUUCCCUUUCUCUCGCUGGCGAUGGCCCCGGUUGCUGCUGGGGGGGGCAUGGGCGGCUGUUGUUUUUCAGGAAUAGAUUAUGCUUGUUGAGGUGA